UCCACGCACUGCUUUCUCUGCCAUCUGAUAGCCUCGUCAAAAUCGAGAUUUCCCUGGUACUGUUUCCCUCCCGAGCUUCCUUCCUUUGUCGUGCAUCCAUAGACAACUACAAACAAAAAUUAAUCAUCUGGUUGUCUUUGAUGGGUCGAUAAUCAUCCGUGGUUCUUGCUUAAGGUGGAGAUGGCGGGGAUGGAGGAUCGUCUAGAAGCCGCGCUCCUAAGGGCGGGGAUAGCGGCGGACCCUGAUCUUGAAGCAGCGAUGCAAGCUCCUGUUACUGUUAUGCUGGGUCCGUCGCUCCUCCUCCUCCGGGAACUCGAUUCUUCCGGACAGAGUCUUCUCGGUGCGGAGGAGCUUCGUCUUCUUAGAGAUGCUCUCAGGGAAGUAUGCAUCCCCCUGAAGAGUAUGUCGGAGGACGACGGCGCUAGCUUCAUGGCCAGGUGGUGGAUGAAGAUAGUUCGGGAGCUUUGUUAUGACACCCAGGAUUACCUCAACUUCGUCCAAAGUGCUCGAGAUCGUCCUGAUUUUUCGGAGUUACCUGAUCGUGCCAAGGCUGUUUAUUCAGGCUUGGUUGCUCGUGCCAAGGAUGCGAAUGAGAGACGCAAAGGUUUCCAGUGGUCUCCCAAGAUCGCCCGGUCUGACACGCAGGAAGCCCGCGACCGCCGCAUCUCCAAAAUAUUGGCCCGGAUGCCUGGUUCCUUCGGUGUCCGUACCACACCCGGUGCCGUGUUCGUGGAGGCCCCAAACAAGCUUGUCGAGCUGCUAGCUUUAGAUGACGAUGUCGACGACAAGACACUCAAGGUGAUACCUAUAAUUGGAUGUGCAGGUGUUGGAAAGACAAGAGCUGCUAGAACCUUGUAUCACAAGCAUGGAGGGAAAUUUCAGUGCCGGGCUUUCGUAAGUGUGUCUCCAAAUCCAGAUAUGAGGGGGAUCCUCACCAGCAUGCUCGCACAACUGAAGGCACCACGGCCCCUUGGCUUUCCUGAUGUGCUGGACCUUAUUGGUGCUAUCAGCAAGCAUCUCCAAGGCAAAGGGUACUUCAUCGUACUUGAUGAUUUAUGGACUGCAUCGGUAUGGCAUAUUGUUAGCCGUGCUUUUCCUCGUGGUGAUCACCGCAGCAGAAUAAUAACAACUACACAAGUGCAUGACGUAGCGCUGGCAUGCUCUGGUUAUCACCCGGUCCGUAUAUAUAAGAUGGAACUUCUUGAUGAAUAUGAAUCUCGAAAGUUAUUCUUCCGUAGGGUGUUUAGCUCUGCCCCUGGAGAUGGUUGUCCUCCAGCUACCAAAGAAGUCUCAUACGAGAUUAUCAGAAAAUGUGAAGGUUUACCAUUAGCAAUUGCAAGUAUAGCCAGUCUGUUAGCAAGCAGAUCAAGCAUCUUCAUGCAAGAUUGGAAGCACAUACAAAAUUCUUUUUCCUCCACUUCCGAAGGGAUGAAAGAUGUUUUAAACCUUAUCUACAAUAGUCUUCCACCUGGUUUGAGGACAUGCUUGCUAUAUCUGAGUAUGUAUCCACAGGGCUACGUGAUGAAGAAGGCUGAGUUGGUGAAGCACUGGGUAGCCGAAGGUUUUAUCGGUGUUGUGGAAGGGCGAGGAAUGGAGGAAAUUGCAGAGAGUUAUUUUGAUGAGCUUGUCAGCAGAGCAAUGGUCCAGGCCAUGGACACCGAUUAUACUGGCAAGGUGUUGUCAUGUACGGUUCACCAUUUGGUACUGGAUUUUAUUAGGUCCAGAUCCUUGGAGGAGAAUUUUGUCACCACUGUGGACUAUUCUGAAUCAACUCUAGCACACCCUGACAAAGUUCGUCGAUUAUCCAUCCAGUUUGGAGGGGUAAAAAGCGCAUACAUUCCAGAAACCAUCAUAACAUCGAAAGUUCGGUCGCUUAUGUUUUGGGGCUUCUUCAAGUGUGCACCUCCUUCCAUUAUGGAUUAUGGAUUCCUUCGUAUUCUGAAUCUUCAUAUUUGGGCUGAUGAAGACAAUGAGAUUUUUGACCUCAUUGGAAUUGGGAACUUAUUUCUUCUGAAGUAUCUCACGGUUGAAUGUAAUAUCACCGUCAAACUUCCAGAGAAGAUUGGAAUGCUCCGGUACUUGGAGACACUGGAAGUAGAUGCAAGGUUGUUUGCUGUUCCAUCAGAUAUUGUUGAUCUGGAGAGGUUACUGCACCUCCGCCUUCCGAGCGAGUCUAUUCUGCCCCAAGAACUUGCCCGCAUGAGAUCUGUUCGCUCUCUGGGGUAUCUUGACCUUAGCUGUUGCUCACCACUGAAUUUGUUAGAUCUUGUACGGCUGACCAAUCUCCAGGAUCUUCACCUCACCUGUUAUACUGUUCAGCCAGCUCACCUUCCGAGCGAGUCUAUUCUGCCUCAAGGAGUAGCCCACAUGUCAUCUCAUCGCAUGCUGUAUUUUGGUAUCAUCCGUUCCAUAACAGGGAAUUCUAACCUCCAGGAUCUCGAGCCCACCUGUUCUAUGGUACAGCGAGCAGAAACUCUAAAAGAGAAUGUGCAAAUGUUAGGCUGGAUUGUUGAGAAGCUUAGCUACUUGCAGACCAUAACUUUGGUGCCUGCUUCAGUCUCCUCUCAUGAGGAUGAUGGUCAGGCUGCAGCACCUACAAGCAUAAUUAUUCCCCCUGAUGGAUUUAACAUGGAGCCUCCUCCAGACCUGCUUCUACAGAGGAUCGAGAUGUCGCGGCACUGCUGCAUCUUCCUCUGCAUACCUAAGUGGUUUGGAGAGCUAAGGAAACUCUGCAUCCUAAAGAUUGCAAUUAGGAGUCUGUCGAGGAGUGAUAUUGAAAUCCUGGAAAGAAUGCCGGCCCUCGCUGCUCUCACCCUGUAUAAUCAGACAACUCCCACAGAAAAGAUGAUCAUGACUGACUCGGGAUUCUAUAGACUCACGUACUUCAAGUUCUUGUGCGCUGCACCAUGUCUGUCAUUUGAACAGGGAGCAAUGCGCAGACUCCAAAAGCUCAACCUAGGAUUCAACUCAAAAGAAUGGAGAUCGGAUACCAUUGAAACUGUUGGCUUGAGUCACUUGAGAAGCCUUACGGAUGUAUGUGUAAGACUUGGUGCUGGGGCUGCUGACAACGACAACUUCAACGUAAAAGUUGCCGAGUCGGCAUUGGAGGCUGUCGUCAGGAAUCACCCCAACUCGCCCAGGAUCAGAAUCAAAUUUGUGGAUGUGAUUUUUGAUGGUGAGGAGGAUGAGACCACCGCGACUCACGAGAAUCAAGAAGGCAAGGAAAGCAGGUCUGCAAGAGGCCAAGAUGGCAAACAAGAUGCAACAAGGGACGAGCGUCAACAAUGGUGGCCACCAAUGACCGCACCAAGGCACUACAAAGCGGCAUCGAUGAGCACAGCAAUGCGGGCCGGAGCGUUAUCAAAGGCGGUGCCACCACCAAGGGCAGCAGUACCGCCUCCCACCAGCUCCAGCCCAUCAAAGCCGAUGCCAUCUUCCUCCCUUACCAGUCCACCAAAACCGAGGCGACGUGGCUCCCGCACCAGCCCUCCCCGACCCACGAGCCCGCCCCGACCCAAGCGCUAAGCUUUUGGCCAGGGGUUGAGCGCAUCAUCCCGCAUAUUAGCGCCGGGGACAUCCGACAGACAGACGGUGCGUCGAGACGAUGCACCAAGCGGUGAACCAUGCGGCGGGACGAACGAGCAUCCGAGGAGCAGUCCCCGCCCUGAUGCCAUCCAAACUGAUCAGCUCUCUAAAUAUUACAGCAUCUAUUCUACAUCCGUAUGUACACAUGUCUGCUUUUCUUGUGCACUAAGUUCUGCACUGUGCUAUCUUAUAGGCUGGCAUUUUUAUUUUUAUUUUUGAAAAGAGGAUGUACCCCUCAGCCUCUGAGUGAUGCACACAGCCUUAUAGGCUGGCAUUAUACAUUUGAUACUUCUGACCAUGCCGCGAGCUGCAUGAUCGACAUGUUCUCGUUUGAAAUUGGGAAGACAUAAACAUAUAUGUCAUACGA